AGCCAUUUUUGGCCAAAAGGCUGCGCCCAGAGGCGCGAGGGAAAGCAAUGGACCCGCAGGUCAUCUUGACAACGCUAAGUAACCUUGAUGACAGCAUUCUGGCAACAGUCCUGACACAAUUAGUGCAGAGCAAGCCGGAGCUGGCUCCAGGGCUAGUGAAUGUAUGCGUUCCAGAUUUGACCUUCGCACCUAGCAAGGGCUUGACAGAGAAGCGGUGUAUGGGAACUGUCAAGAAAUUGAGUCCCGUGCUCUUCUUAGACCUUCAGAGAAGGCUUCUCCUUGUCCUCUUUCUCUUGCGUUCACCUCUCGUGGACUCCCAGGCGCUGGGAGUCAGUUUCAUCAACUGCCCUGAACUAAGCGCCGUCUUUGGCUGCGAUGUGCAGGUCAAGCCACAGCAAGUCGCUGGUUUUCUAGAAGGUCAGGAGGUCAAUUUCGCCGUGACCUUGAACGAAGAGAACAAACCCCAGGCCUUUGACCUUGUGGACAACAAGACUGGCAUGAAUGGAAUGGCGUCAAGCAUGGGAGGCUGUGGUGGGUGUGGGAUGCCCAGCAUGGGAGAACCAUGUAUGGGGGGUUGUGGAGGGAUGGGAGGCUGCUGUGGCUGUGGCGGCUGUGGGAGUUGUGGCAGUUGUGGCGGGGGCUGCGGGCCUUGUGGUUGUGGGUGUGGCGGGCCUUGUGGUGGAUGCGGCAACUGCGGUGGCUGCGGGAACUGCGGGGGCUGCGGCAAUUGCGGCGGCUGCGGCAGCAACUGUGGCGGCUGCGGCAGCAACUGUGGUGACUGCUGUGCCAACUGCGGAGGUUGCGGAUGUGGUGGCUGUGGUUGCGGCUGUAGUGGCUGUGGCGGCUGUGGCUGCGGAGGCUGCGGAGGCUGCGGCUGUGGAUGUGGAGGCUGCGGCGGCUGCGGCUGUGGAUGCGGAGGUUGUGGAUGUGGUGGCUGUGGCUGUGAUGGCAUGGGAGGCCCUGACAUGGGAAUGAUGGGGUCUCCAAUGGGGAUGCCGGGGCCACCACAUGGCAAAGGUGGCAAGCCGAGUGAAGAAGGGUUAGGAGAGUUCUAUGGCAUCAUCAAGAGCUACAAUCCAGAGAAAGGCUUUGGUUUCAUAGCUUGCGAUGCCUUAAAGAACCAGCAUGAGGGCGAUGUGUACCUCAAUACCAGGAACAUCGGGGACUUCAAGGUGGGCCAGGAGGUGAAGUUCCAUGCCUUCCUGCACAAUGGCAGAUUGCAAGGCAGAGACCUGCAGGAUGCCACUGGCCGUGUGGGUCCGCAGUCUGGCGCUGCCCCUGGCUUUGCAGAUGAGCAGGAGCUUGGAGUCUUUGCCGGGAAAAUCAAGAACUUCAACCAGGACAAAGGUUUUGGCUUCAUUGUGUGCGAUGCACUGGUCUCACAGGGAUAUCAGGGCGAUGUUUUCCUUCACCAGAAGCACAAGGGUGACUUCAAAGAAGGGGACCAUGUCGCCUUCAUGGCCGUGCUCCGCAACGGCAAGCUGCAGGCCAAGGAUUUGGAGCCUGCGCCAGCUGGGAGCGAAUCUGGCGGCAUGGGAUGUGGGAUGGGCAUGGGCAUGGGCGGUGGCCCCAUGGGGAUGGGCAUGGGCCAAAACCAGAUGGGCAUGGGAGGCCCUAUGGGUGGACCCAUGGGCGGGCCAAUGGGUGGACCCAUGGGUUGUGGCAAAGGUGGUUGCAAAGGUCGGCCUGGGCCAUAUUGAGUGAAGCAACACGUAGGACGUAGAAGCGUCGGCACCUUGCGCUGCCUUCCGGCAUUUGGCUUUUCACACCGGCGAUGAGAAAACCUCUGAACACCCAACGCACGGCAGUCAACGCGCCAAAAAUGCACGUUGAGCUGACCUGGUGCAAGGAGUGAAAGGUGUGGACAUGCGCGUGGCCAACGACAAAA